UUGGAGCUCAACAUACACCAGAAGAUCUUGUCUGAGAUCGCAGCGCUCGCUGCGGACGAAGGAGAGGAGGAAUGCGACUACGCGCAGGAGACGAUCUCCAGCAAGCUACUGGAAGCUGAGGUCGAGUCUGCCGAGGUGGGCAGUGAGGCCAAGUCGAACGGAGAUGCCAAUGGUGCAGAACUUGCCCACCAGGAGAGGGUGUUUAUGCCGGCUACCCGCGUCCACUGCAACAUCGGCUUCGGAGAACUCGUCAUCAACUUCCCAGAUAGCAGGAUUGCCUCCUCGAUUGAUACUAUACUACCCACCCUAAUCGGAAUUGUGAAGGAAAUACCCCGCGUCGACUUCGAUAAGUCCUUGUACUGGCAGGGUGCCGAGCUGAUGCACAAGGUAGAAUGGUCUCUCCCGGACCAACUUACCUACUCAACGGUGUCUGCGUUGCUUCGUGUUGCUGCCGCGCAUCCAGAGGCUGUAACACCUGCUACGGAGGCGAUCAUCUCGCUAGUGACCGACCUGCGCUCGAGGAUAGAUCGCGAGAGCUCCCUCGACAUCCUCACCCAGAUCAUCCCCGCACUGCAUGGUUUCUACCGCGCUGUCACCACCACUUCCUUCCCAUGGACCUACAACCACUGGCAUGCCCUCUCCGCCCAGUUCGCCACCAUCUGCGCCCCGUCCGUCGUCGACCGCCUCAACAACCUCCUCGCCGACAUUAUGCAGAGGGACGGCCCCGACGAGCACAUCCUACGCUUCCUCCACACCUUCCUCGGGCGCUACCUCUCGCGCGGGCGG